UAGGUCACAGCGUUUCUGAGAGUGAAGCCGAGGAGUUUGUUUUGAAUUGAUAACGACGCGGAUACAUCAGCUCCUCGGUAGUGUUAUGGUAACUUGCCCGGUCGCUGGGCUCGCCGAAUUUGUCCUACGACACCACGGCGAUGAUGCGUCGCAGCAGUGGUGAGCAUUGUCGUACAACCGUCUAGAGUCGGACUCUGAAUCAGUGGUGUGCGUGCGUGUACGUGUGCGUGCGUAUUGUGCGCGAUGUCGUGGUGCUCGGAGAAGCACCAUCACUUUGCGCGACGACUCAAGCGGAAAUGGAAAGUCGUGUUCCUGCUGGUCGCAUGUUGGUUCGCGCUGAGCGUGUCGUCGACCUAUGCCGAGUCGAACGACAAUACAGACCGCUGCCCAGUUGAAUGCUCCUGCCUCGGCAACUUGGUCGCCUGCAACGAGUUGCAGCUGAUCCAGGCGCCCAGCGGACUGCCACCGUGGACUGAGAUCCUAGAAUUAAAGGGUAAUAAUAUUCCUAAUUUGGAAUUUGAUUCAUUGCUUCAUUUAACGGAACUCAAAAAAUUAGAUGUAAGUGCUAACUUCCUCGGAGAUAAUUUUACUAUUGCGUUGUCAGACAUAACACAAUUGCGGGAACUCAGAGUGAAUAAAAAUCGCUUAACACAAGUGCCAGACCUUGUAUUUGUUAAGAAUGUUAUUCAUCUUACAUUAGCCCACAACUUAAUUACUAGUAUAAAUGGGACGGCGUUGUUUAAUCUGCAACAGCUUCAAUAUUUGGAUCUCAGUGGGAAUAAAAUAAGUGUCCUUCAAAGAAAUUCUUUUCUCGCUCCUAAUCGACUUAUGCAUUUGAAUUUAAAUGCAAAUCACAUAAGAGUUAUCGAAAAUGGAAGUUUGGAUAAUCUUACUUCAUUGGAGGAACUUCGCUUGAACAAAAACAAUUUGACACAGCUGAAAGAUAUUUUCAUAAAUCUGGGAAAAUUGCGAAUAUUGGAAGUGAAUAGAAAUAAUCUACAACAAAUACAUGGAUUAAGCCUGAAAAGUUUAUUGAGCCUAAAGGAAUUAUAUCUAAAAAGAAACAAAAUUAAUAAGUUAGACGAUGGAGCUUUCUGGCCACUUAAAGAUUUAGAAUUACUACACCUCGACUUUAAUAUGUUGACUACUAUAAAGAAGGGAGGCUUGUUCGGAUUAGAGAAUUUGAAAAAAUUGACUUUAUCACACAAUCAGAUCUCAAUGAUUGAACCUCAAGCAUGGGAAAUGAGCCAAAAGAUAGUAGAGCUAGACUUGUCACAUAAUGAAUUGAUUUCUAUAGAACGAGGUUCGUUCGAAUCUCUCACGAAGCUUGAGAGACUUAAACUGGAUCAUAAUCAAAUCACAUAUGUGUCGGAUGGAGCAUUCAAUUAUACGACAAACCUUCGUAUCUUGGAACUCAAUUCGAAUCAGAUAUCGUACAUGGUAGAAGAUAUCAAUGGCGCAUUUUUUUCUCCGCUCGGUCAAUUGGUGAAAUUGCGCUUAUCGCACAAUAGAAUAAAAUCCAUAAAUCAAAAUGCUUUUACUGGUUUGAAUCAUGUUGACGAGCUUGACUUACUCGGAAACAAUAUUACGUCGAUUCAAGAAAACGCGUUCCUUUCAAUGUCUAGUCUGAGCAAACUUAAGAUGAAUACCGGAGCCUUAGUUUGCGACUGUGGACUUCAAUGGCUAAGUAUGUGGUUGCGAGAACAUCCAUACAGUGAAGCUCAGCUGCACUGUAAUUAUCCGCAUUGGUUACAGGGCAUGUCGUUAACUCAAUUACAUUAUGCAAAUUUUACUUGUGAUGAAUAUCCAAAACCGCGGAUUAUUGAAGAACCUGCGAGUCAAAUGAGCAUCAAAGGAGACGAUGUGAAACUGAUUUGUCGUGCAACUAGUACCGCUGAUACACCGCUCCAUUUCACUUGGAAACAUGAUAAUGUGGAGUUAAGUGAUGUGAAUUUACAAACCCACCUCAGUUCUUCCGAGAGCGGAGUAACCGAGGCAACGUCCAUUUUAUAUCUUACUAACAUUACCCAUGCUAAAGCGGGAAAAUAUCAAUGUAUGGUGUCGAAUACGUAUGGAACUACAUACUCUGCCAAAGCUAAACUAAGCGUGUUGGUUUUCCCAUCGUUCUCCAAAAUUCCGCGUGAUAUACGAGUAAUUGCUGGAAGCACUGCUCGUCUGGAGUGUUCUGCCGAGGGACAACCAUCCCCGCAAAUAGCCUGGCAGAAGGACGGUGGGAACGAUUUCCCAGCUGCGAGGGAAAGACGAAUGCAUAUGAUGCCGACAGACGACGUACUAUUCAUAAUAAACGUGAAAAUGGCCGAUAGUGGAGUUUAUUCGUGCACUGCGCAAAAUCUGGCUGGUGUUAUUGUUGCAAACGCUACUCUUACAAUAUUAAGUAAUGAUACUAUUUUAAAAAAAACACCGUCCUUCGUAAAACCGAUGGAGAAUAAAGAAGUGAUGAUAGGUAGCUCAAUCGUGCUCGAAUGCAUGGCCAGCGGUUCGCCACGUCCGAAGUUAUUGUGGCGCAAGAACGGUAGUCCGCUGCAAACAACGGAACGUCAUUUCUUCACUGCAGAAAAUCAACUUUUGAUCAUUGUUAGUACAAUUGCCAGUGACGAGGGUAUCUACGAGUGCGAGAUGAGUAAUUCACUGGGUAGCGUCGUCGGUGAAUCACAUCUCACAGUCAAGCCAGCCCCGGUUUCCACGCUGAAUGAAUCCGAGAUCCUAGGCAUAAUAAUAAUAACCGUGGUUAUUUGCGCGGUCAUUACUUCCGUGGUCUGGGUGCUCGUGAUUUACAAAACCAGACGGCAAUUGAAUUCCACACAGGACGUCACGCAACCAACGACGACUGUUAUACUAACCAGCGUACCAGAGGUACAAACGCAGCUGUACCUGGACACGAGUUCACAGCACAGUAAAGACAGUGGAACCGGAGACAGCACUAAUCCCAGCAACGAUCAACUACAAUUAUGCUUGCCCGAAGAGGUCGUGAUAAGCUCUGUCAAUAACGAUGAAGAAAUGGGAACUAUAAAUGAUCCUCUCUUGCGUUAUACGAAUCACGAGCGACAUGCGAGUGAAAACGUCGAUAGCGCGGUCUGAAACGAAGAUGCGAGUUGAGCAAGCAGAUUUAACGCUUGUAGCGUUUCUGCAAUGAGUAUUUGUGAACGCGCUAAUUUUUAAAUCAGGAUAUAAAUAUUCUGUAAGUCGUGCACAUUAACGAGCCAUAGUAUUAUGAGGAACAAGGACUUAUCAGUCCCACUGUCAAAAAAGUGACCUAUAGUGGACGUUGAUCCGCCCGACAGUCCAAUGCACAACAGAGUAUUCAUUACUAUUGCAUAAGGAUCAGCGAGUCACGGUAUAAGUACAACAUAAGAAACGAUAGCGAAACACUUAUAUCGUCAUUGUAUUUAUUAUUGUCGCGACUCUCGUUCAAUCGACGUAGAAAUAUCGAGCGAUAUAAAAUGUAAAUAGUUAGAUUAAGGCCCUAUAAAACUAGUAUUAUAGCGCGCAUCGCUUAUUUGGCGUCUCCUGGAAAUGCAAUGCUUGUACAGAUCUAUCUUGCGAACAAUUUUUCGGACAUACAUUAUUCAAGCGAGAACGAAAAUCUGUUACAGAUUUCAUUUUUUUUUUUUUUUUUAUUAGAUGUAUGAAUAUUAUCUGUUUUAAAAUUUGAAAAUUUGAAAUGUCAAGUUAAUGUUCCGCUUAAUUGACUUGCGAAAUGUGGCGCUUGUUGAACAUACCAGAAAAUUGCUUAACAAAUUAUGACGUUAAACACAUUUAAACGCAUUCCGUGUAGCAUGUAUUCAGUAAACAUUUACUCGAUUGCACAAGUGUUGCACCUUUCCUAAAUAGCCAUUGCGACGCGCGCGAGGACAUUGCUAUAUAAACUAUAAAAGCCACUAUAUUAGACCAGCCUUUUGUGAUAGAUAUUUAUUCUAGAGUUAUUGCGUAGGCGGCUAUUUAUGAACGAGAAGAAAAUAUGAGAACAGAAAUAUUGCAUUCUGGAAAAACGCAAUUGUUAACGUGGGUGGAUGUAUAUUUAUGCACCAAAGCGUUGAAUUUAGAUACUUUGUUUUCUCUCUUACUUCGCAGUCGUGCGCGACACCAAAUCGCUAUUCUGGAUUAAUUUAAUUCGUUUACUGAUCAAAAUGUUGCUCACUACUAAUAGAUACAUUGUGUUCCAGAUGUGUAGGAUUUUUAGCUUUCGUAGGCAUUUUCGUUAGUAUUAAUAUUGACUAAGUUGAAACGCAUACAACAUGAGACUUUACGGAUAAUCUUCCACGUACUGUUACGUAUAGUUUAUAGUUGUUUUCAGGGUUUGAGUAGUGUUUAUGUUGGGGAUCUCGAGGUUCUUCAUUAUUACAUAUUAAUAAUUAUGAAA